AUGUUGGGGGGGGGACACCUGCAGGUUUACCUGUCUGUCUGUCUGUCUGUCCUCUACACUCACUGCGCCGCUUCUUGUGUCUUUCAGGAUGAGAUCUCGGUGAGAGGGGACGAGGCGGAUAUGAAUGACCCCACAUGGGCAGAUAAGUCGCCCAGCGAGGAGGAGAAGAUGAGGAGCCCCCAGAAUGUGCCGGGCCCCGGUGAGGACGAUGAGUCUUCCUCCGAGAGCUGCAACGGGAACACCUUUUCUGUAGCCAACCCAUCCAGCGCCCCCCCCAGCUCCUCCCAGAACUGCACACUACCUGACAUGAAUGGGAACCCCCCUGCUGCUGCCCUGGAACAGACCACCACGUCAGGGGAGCAGCCCAUCAACCUCAGCGACAAAGUCCGGCCUUCCGCGGGGGUCCCGCCAUAUCCGUCUGAUGCCGAGGCCCUGCGAAGCCGCGGGAAGUAUGCCCUGAAGGCCACCUCUGAGUCCCCUCCGUACAGCUCAGGAAGUUACGAUUCCAUUAAGACGGAAGUGACGGAAGUAAGCGGCUGCGCAGAGGACCUGUCGACGGGCAGAGCUGCGGCCGUCGAUGACGACGACGACGAUGACCAUGAAGAUAACGACCGCAUCACAGACACGGAAGGGCUGGACCCUGAACGUCUGAAAGCUUUUAAUAUGUUCGUGCGUCUUUUCGUGGACGAGAAUCUGGACCGCAUGGUUCCCAUCUCUAAGCAGCCCAAGGAAAAGAUACAGGCCAUCAUUGAGUCGUGCAGCCGCCAGUUCCCAGAAUUCCAGGAGCGCGCCAGAAAGCGCAUCCGCACCUACCUGAAGUCCUGCCGGCGCAUGAAGAAGAACGGCUUGGAGAUGGCCAGGCCGACUCCGCCUCAUCUAACCUCGGCCAUGGCGGAGAACAUUCUUGCCGCAGCCUGCGAGAGCGAAUCAAGAAAAGCCGCCAAAAGGAUGAGACUAGAAGUUUAUCAGACUGCUCAGGAAGAGAAUGUUUCUUUAGAGAAGACUUCCGCCCUCUCACAGUCGAACUGCACUCUGCCGGCGCCCAGCCAGGAUCCCGUCUAUGUGAACGGAAGUCUCCACUACACUUAUCGCGGUUACGGGUCCAUUGGAGGCAACCUAGCGCCCCCCACCUCACUGCAAACUGGAAACCACUGCAAUGGUCCAACUGAUCUCAGCAUGAAGUCUUUAGCUUCUGGCAGCUCCAACUCCACCAACCGGGCAAUGCCGUGCGCCCAGCUCAGCCCCACCGAGAUCGGAGCGGUGCGACAGCUGAUCGCCGGGUACCGGGAGUCGGCCGCCUUCCUUCUGCGCUCAGCCGAUGAACUGGAGAAUUUAAUAUUGCAGCAGAAUUGACCAGAACCCUCGGGCCCGGACCUUCAGCCUCGACCUCUCGCUCUACAGACUAAGAGAAGACAGCGAGGUCCAUUCCGCCCCUAU